AUUUAUAUAUACUUGAACCCCAAUGCGUCGCGUUUGCGAACGGGCGCGCGCGCGCUGACUCGCUUUCGUUGCGUUCUGCGCUCUAUAAGUGAUCAUAUCCACUAUGGCCUCCUUUUCUUAAAAUAGAUUCUCCUAUUAGCUAGGGCAGCUGCUCAGAGUAUCCCGCCAAGCAACUUGGCGCCAAGCCACUGGCUUCGCCACAUAUAGCUCAUACCUUCGCGAUUACUCUUCGGGCUGUGGUGACGUGUACUAGUUUGGCGAAUCCGCCCGACGCGGCACUUGGCGCCCACAGACCGUGUCUGCGUGCCUGUCCACGCAAAAGCCACCGGAUGAGGCCCUGGCAAGGCCGAAACGCGUCGUGGCGUGCCUUGCUAUUUACGUGUGUGCGGUGUCGCGUGGUGCACGUGUUGGGUCUCGUGAGCGCGUCGUGCUUCGUCUAUGUGGUGUGACGCUAUCCGCUUGUGCCGUCCCCCUGCUGCCCACCCGCUUUCCGAAUGCACAACUCUGAACAUGUUACUUACCCGUGUUACUUACCGUAUAUUUUGUACUCUUUCUUCCUAUUGAGACUAACACACUAAUGCUGAGCACUGCAACUCAUGCCCCAAACUCAGAGCUUAUCACCAGCAGCAGUAGCAGCAGCAGACCGGCGGCGGGACACUGGCGGUAUGGGCGGCGGCGGCGACGUGGCGACGUGGGGCGCUGCAGGCGCUGAUCUUAACGACGGCGGUGCUGUUGAGCCAACCACGGCACGCAUCAGCAGCUGCAGUAGCAGCCUGAUCGUGCUGUCAUCACAGUCGCGCAGCCCGAGCUCCGGUGUCGGUGCAGGAGGCAGCAGUGGCAGUGAGGGUGCCGCUGUUGCCGCCGCCGCCACCGCAGGUGGGCCGCCGUCGGCGGCAGCGGGGCUGCUGGUGUUGAGCAAGGGCGGCGGCCGCAGUGUCAUCAGUAGUGGUAGGCACAUGGCCGCCGAAAGGGCAAUUGCGGCCUGGCAGGCUGCUGCUGCAGCACAAGGACAGAAGCGGGCGGAGAUGCGUCAGGAGCAGCACGAGCGGCAGCAGCCGCAACAGCAGCCGCCGCAGCAGCAGCCGCAGCCGCAGCAGCCGCAGCAGCAGCAGCAAGCACGUCAGCCGAAGCGGCCACACGAGCCUGACGGCCAGUGGUGGAAGCCGCCGCCGGCGCUACAGCCAGCUUCGGCAGCUUCGGCGCCUGCUACUGCCACCGCUGCGCCAGCAACAUCAGGUGCCGCUGGCGGCAGUAGCGGCUACGCAACAGCAGCUUUGCAGCAACAGCAGCAGCAGCCGAUAAAGACGCAGCAACAGCAGGGGCAGCAGCAGCAGCAACAGCAACAACAGCGGCUGCAGCAGCGGCGCAUGCGCAGUGUUAUUGACAUCGUGCUUGAUGAUCAGACCCAGCAGCCGCCGCCGCCGCUGCCCCAGCAGCAACUUGAGCACCAGCCGCACGAGCAGGCGCAGCCACAGCAAGAGCAGCAGCAGCUUCAGGCACAGGUGGCACAACCCUACCAACACCACCAACAGCAGCGGACACGCGAUCCGCGGCGGCAACAGCUGCCGCCUUUGGGUUCGCCGGCGUCGCCGCCGCCGCCGUCUCCAACGCCAUUGGCGCCGGUGCACUGUCUGAGUCGUGGUGUUCGUAGUCGCGGCGGCUGCAAGUGGGAGGAGGGUGAGCGCAGCCCCUUCCAGAGCCACUCGGCACCAGUGCCAGCGCAGCAACAGCCGAUGCCUACGCACCACACGCAGCAGCAGCAGCAGCAGCAGACGGUGCUCGCUGCCGGCGGCGCCUCAUCUCCUCCCGCCGCCAACCUGGCGCUUGCGGUGGUUUCUCCGCACCAAAUGCAGCGCAAGCGGCAACGCCCAGAUGAUGAGCAGUAUGCACAGGAGCAGCAGCAGGCUUGGCUCCGGCUGCAACAUAUGCAGCAGGGGGUGCAGCAGCAGCUGCAGCUGCAUCAGCCUCAGCAGGAGCAGCAGUGGGAGCAGCUGCGGCAGCACCCGCAGAUCCAGCAGCGUUCGAGGCGCAGCAGCGAUAUGCUGCUGCUGUACACGAGCGGCGAGGAGGGAGCUGCCAGCGGUGGCAGCCGCCGCAUUGGAGGCGGCGCUGGCGGCGGCGUUGCCGUUGGCGGCGGCUCAUUAGCGGCGGCUGCAGGUGGUGGCCGCCCCGGCGGCGGCCGACAGCUGGAGUGGCUAGGGACCACAGCUACGGCGGCGGCGGCGGCAGCGGAUGAUGAAGACGGCAGCAGCAACAGGACAAAUCUGUUAGGGCUAAUGCUGGGGCGUUUAAAGGGCAACAAGGCUUUGCAGGCACAGAUGCUGUUGCAGCUUCUGCUGGAGCCCGAAUGUGAUGACGGCGCCGCCGCCGGCAGCGGCGGCGGCGGCGGUGGCGUGGCGGGCGGUCCGUCAUCUCUGCGGUCGCCGCCGACUGCAGAGGGCCACCAGCAGCACCAGCAGCAGCAUCAGGCGGCCCCGCCAGCAGCACUGGCCACAGCUCAUAUAAAAGGCACUACUGCCGCCGCUACAGCCGCCAGCAAUACUGGCGGCGCGGCAGAGCUCACGAGGCUGCUGCUGGGGCACUCCAACGGGCAUGAGCUCGAGGCAGGUGUGGCGGGAACAGGCCACAGCGGCCGAACAGCACGGGAGGCGGCGGCGGCGGCAUACCACGCGGUUAACGGCGAGGGGGCGACCGCAGCUGAGGCGGUGGCAGCAAGGCGGGAGGAGCAACUGCGGCGUCAGGAGUGGCUGUUGUCGCUUUCCUAUGACCAUUCGCGUGCCCACGUCCUGCCGAGGCAGCAGCCGCAACACCGCCAGCAACACCACCAGCAGUCUGCUGCUGCGCGGUACGCGUCGCAGCCCGGUGGUCAUCAAUGGCCACCAGAAGCUUUGCCAGAAACUGCGGCUGCUGCAGCAGGGUCUGUGGGGACCAGCAGCAGCAGGUGGCUGCCUCCGCCGCCGCCAUCCCCACCCGCAUGCCCUCUGCAGCGUUCACCCCCGGCCGCCGCCACAACGCCCUCGCACUCACCAAGGCAGCAACAACAACAGCAGCAGCAGGCGCGGAUGAGGAUACAGCAGGGUCAGCCUGCUGGCCAGCAGCCACGGCAGCUACAGCCACCACCGUCACUGACGGCAGCAGCAGGCGGUGGCGGCGAUGGUGCUGCUGCCGUCGGCCGCUACGUCAGCGGAGACCGUGGCGGCGGCCACGACGCCAUGUUAGCAGCUUGGGUGUCAGCGGCCGCUUCCAGCGGCGGCAGUGGCAUGGUCGCGGCUACAGCCACCACCGCCAGCGGUGGCGGCAGCGGCGGCGGCGGCACGGGGUCUGCGUGGCUGGAGGCCUCUGAAGAUGCAGCCCCACAGCAACAGGUCCAGCGCGUGCCUAACUACCAGCAGCGCCAGCAGCACCAACACCAACAGGGUAUUUACGGCAGUGGCGGCGCACUCGAGGAUCCUGUUGCUGUGCAGCAGCAGCAGCGGCUGCAGCGCCAGCGGGCUACUGCCGCAUCAGACACUUAUGCUACUGCCGCUGCCAUGGUUGCUAGCGCCGCUGCUGCCCGCCGGUCGGAAGCUGCCCACGACCGCUCGCCAUGGUCGGAGCAAGAACCGCCGGCGCAGCAGCAGCAGCAGCCGACCCUUGCAGGGCUAACCGACAUCAUUCGUGCAUUCGCCAGGUAGUAGUAAGUAAGCGGCGGUAGCGGGGGGCGGAGAAGGAGGAAGCGCACCGGAAGCUGGAGGAGAUGCAAGAGCGAGGCGAUUCCUGCUGCGGCAGCAGUGCGUGGCGGCACGGCAGGCGGCUCCAUGCGGCGGCGGCGGCGGCGGCUACAGCUGCGGCGACGGCGGCCCGCGGCUGCAACGCAUGCGCAUGGCAGUGGAGCAGGCAGUAGCAGCCGCAGCAGCCGCAAUGGGCAACAGUGGUGAAAACGGCGGCGGCGGGAGGGUUGAUGAUGUGAUGGCGGCGGCGCAGGGCUGCAUGCGGGGUACAUACUGCCAACCCGGCCACCUGCAGACUGCGUGAACUCCUGCUGCACGUCAGUACGGCACCUAGAUGAACUGAUUCGCUGGCUGCCGUGGCUGGCGUGCGUGCGUGGCGGCUGGGUGCGUGGCAGUAGGGCUUGCAUUUCGUUCGGGAACCGGCAAGACACGCACGAACGGGCCCCCAGCCAUGCAGGCCCUGGGGCGAGAAAGAUUGGGCUUUUGCGCGGCGGCGGCACUGAACUGUAUGGUGUGUCAACGCUGACGCAGCUUGUGUGUGUGUGUGUGUGUGUGUGUGUGUGUGUGUGUGUGUGUGUGUGUGUGCGGCUACGUACGUGCGUGCAUGUGUGCGUGUCGUGUACGCAUGGUGCCGUGCUCUCGGUUCUAGGGUCUCCUGUGCGCAGCGAGCCAGCCGAGUCGGCUUGAAGGAGGGACACGCACCUCUAUCUGUUAACAUAACU